AUGCAUGCCGCGCGGUCUCAAACGAGCUCACCAGUUCGCAGGCCCUAUGAACUGUACCGGGCUGUUAAGACACCUAACCCACCCCCGACCUCACUCACACCUCCCUACUGGAGACAGCGCCCACCUGAGGUGGGAGCAGCAGUAGGAGCGGCGGCGGCGGCGGCAGUAGGUUCAUGCGUGAUUCCAGUGGCUAUCCGUCCGCUUGGGCCUCGCGUUCAUGUCUCGAUUAUCUUGGGCGGUGGGAAUGCGUGCGUGAGUGAGCGAGCCUCUGGGCUGGGCUGGGCUGGGCUGAUGUGUCUCCAUCCAGCUGAUGGUGUUGAUACUGCAGACUCUCCCAUAGUCAGAGACGUCAAACACGAGCGGUCAACGGUGAACAUGUUCGAGAUCGAAUAUGGCGCCUACCUGCCUGCCUGCCUGCCUAGGUGGCGCGUCAUCUUCAACAUCCCUUGCUUCGUCCGUUCGUCUCUGCAUCCCAACUGGCUCCCUCUUCUCCACAGCAUCGAUUACUACCGACAAGCCGGCCCGCGCUCCGGCGUGUCCUGGUGCGUCCGCGUUCGCGCCGAGAUCCUCCGUGCCAUCGUGGCAAACCAGUGCCUCCCGCCGCACGUCAACCACCCAAACUUUGAAGCGCGCUUCAUGCCUUGCGUCCAAAUCGCCUGCAACAUGGUCCAUGGAGACGACUUCGCCAGUGUCGUCAGACCGCACUUCGACCGGCUGGUGAAGCACUAUGCCAGGCGCUGGGUCGUCGCAAACGGCAUCGUGCUCGAGGACAAGAGCGUCGCCGACAGGUUCCGUUUCAACCAGGAGCUCGUCGCAAGAUGCUUCGGCCAUGUCGACACAAUCGAGCGCUGGCUUCGCCAGGACAUGGGCAAGCUUGACUGGUGGGAGAAGGUGGCCCGCGACCCGGGUCUUAUCGCCCCCUCUCCAACUCCGUAUCACCCAUCCACGGCGGUGGCUACUCCCAACCGUCCCACGCCAGCGACGCCAACAACACCAACGAUGCCGACGACUCCAGUCGCGCAGAGCCGGCCUCGUAGGGGCACCUCCACCUCGUCCAUGUCCAUGUCCAUGUCCACCUCCACGGCCACGGCCACGGCCAAAUGGAGACGGCCGCCGCAAACGCCGACGCACCACAAGAGAGGUCCGGAUGCGGCGGAAUUGGAUCGUCUGGUAUCCAGUCUUGAAGCCCUCCGUUCUCCUUCCGACCCAGGCGUGAGUCAACCCUCCUCGACACCGACACGAUGCCCUCCAGGACCGCCCUCGGGCCUGCUCAGCGACCCCGCAAGCGGCUCGGUCGGAGAGAAUCGGGGUCAGAUGCCGGCCGCGGUGGUCUCGCACUCGUCCGUCCCAGUGGAAGACGCCAUUCCCGUUCUGGGUCCGGAGCUGUGGGCCCCCAUGCCCAAGGCCGCAGUCCCGGACCUCGAGCCUUCCUGGGUCAUGUUCCCUCCCAGCCCCGCGCCUAGCCACGCUUCGGCCAAGGCUCCUUCGUCCGUCCUGCCGUCUGCUGAACGAUCCGUCUUUCCCACCGUGGGCGCUGCUCCGUCCACCUUGGUCUCGGUGGCAGCACCGCCAUUACCUCGCCCGUCGUCGCUGCGGAGACGGUUCCAGGGGAGUCACAGACCGCCGCCACCGCCAACUACUAUCCUCACAGAGGGGGCGAUAGCAGAGGCUCCUUCGGUGGUUGAGGCGCCGGCUCAAGAUCUCACUCAUGACGACUACGCUGGCAACGGCGAUGGGUGUGACGGCGGCAAUGGGGUUGACGGCGGCGAUGACACAACCGGCAUUGAUAACGCCAUGGCUUUGGAGGAUCAUGUCAGAGAGUCACUCGAAUCGAUGCGACUCGCAUGGCGAUAUGUGGUUGAGAUUGAGGCGGCGGCACAGCUUGUCAUGUUCGACUUGGAUGAAACGGUGUGA